CUCGAAUAUUUAUUUACUUGGAGCUCUAACUACCUCUGCACCCCGUUCUAAGAACUUGCAUGAUGAGACAAGGCUAGUUCCUACGUUGUAUACUGUAACUAUAUAACUGCGGGAUGUCUUGUCCUAAAUAUAGCGAGUUUCUCUAACUCAUUUUCUCUCUUUUUUUUUUUUUUCUCUCUCUGCUAGUACCUCUCUGUAUUUCUUCUAUGCUAGACUGGAAUCCGAAGUCUCCUCUGUUUAGCAAAUCAAUGCAUGGCUGUGUUGGAGCCCGAGUUCUUUCUUUCCGCGCUGGGAUGAAGGGGAAGACAAUCCAGUCGUUCUCUUCUCCCGCUGAAUCCCUUAUCCCCUUAACCUCACUCUAUCAACCUCCCAGCUACACUAUCAACACGGUCGCCGGGGAGACUCAUUUCCACACGUAUUGUGUUUUCUAGAACUUAUACCUAUCGUGGUCCAUUCUGCCACUUAUCUAUCUGCAUCAAAAAUCACAAUGGGAUCCCCGGUCAACGGAACAGAGACCAUCACUAGGCCUACCUUGCACAUCGAGGCCCGCGUCAGGAACGAGGGAAACAUCAUCGUCCGGACAGAUCUCGUCCGCGAUGAAGUUACAAAAUGGCUCUUAGAAACCUUCGCCGUUCUAACUCUAGGACAAGAGAUAACCUCCUUCUCUGACCUAACCGAUACCCAAUGCCAAUUCCUGGACGUGGUCAAAGUGAUGGAAUGCGCAGGCCCGCAGCAAGAGAGCGGCGCAUAUCGCCUAGAGGAUGUCGAGCUGGACGUGCAGGCAUACCAGCUACGUGGAUGUGAGAGUAUGGACGACUCGUCCCAGCAAGCCUAUGCUACUGCCAACGGGAAGAGCGAUGAGGACGGCCCGCAGGCGCGCAUGAUAAGUUUGCCAAGUAAAGAGUUGGAUGGUGUGUGGGAAUCGCUUCUAUUUGAUGUGUCGAUACCCUCCACGCUGCUUCGGGCAGUGAGCAGGAUGCUUAUGUUUGCCACGAGGAAACUCAACAUCUGGACAAUCAAUUGGAACAGGCUUAUCCUGCUCUACGGUCCACCGGGAACAGGGAAGACGAGUCUUUGCCGUGGAUUAGCACAAAAACUAUCAAUACGCUUGGGAAAACAAUUCCCCCAGAGCAAGUUGGUGGAAAUCAACGCACACUUGCUAGGGAGUAAAUUUUUCGGCGAGAGCGGCAAGCUUGUGGCAAGGAUGUUCGAUAACAUCGAGAACAUGCUUGAGGAAGAACCGGAUACUUUUGUGUGCGUGUUCAUCGAUGAGGUGGAGACAUUAACGGCCAAACGGGAACAGAGCGUGCAUGGGAACGAGCCUUUCGAUGCGAUGCGGGCUGUGAAUGCGCUCCUGACGGCGCUGGAUCGACUCAGACACAGGCCUAAUGUGGUGGUGCUCUGCACAAGUAACCUGAUCACAGCGCUGGAUUCCGCAUUCCUUGACCGAGUCGACAUCAAGCAGUACAUGCCUAACCCGUCCAGCCGAAUAAUCUACGAGAUAUACCGAAGCUGCCUGGAGAACCUCAGUCAAUGUGGAUUGAUACACGGUGCAACCUUCGACGUAAUCCGUGUUGAGCAGGACAAUCCCGCCACGGAGUUGAAAUACGUAUCAUCGCCGGCAGAAACACUUGUUCUUCCCAGUCAUACGGAGAUGGUCCUCUGGUACCAGCUGUUUCCUGAAUCCAUACCGAAACGGCUGGCAGACGUAGCUGAUGCGAGUGUUGGAUUGAGUGGCCGUAGCCUACGCAGGCUGCCUGCCCUCUCGUUGGUGCUGCACCUGGACUCUGCAAAGUGUACCAUCGAGCAAGCGGUGGGGGCUUUGAUACAGGGAGUGGAAGAAGAGAAACGGGCGGUAAUUGAGGCAGCAGCAGGAGCGGGAGGGAGAUGUGCUGGUAGUGUAUCAGUCAACUAGGCAAUACUUCCCAUAUCAAGGAUCAACCUACGUUCAUAGUAGAAGCAGCAAGCACCAGAUAGAGAGAGAUAACUGCAGUAUUAUUAUGACCAUUUCUCGCGGCUUUCGCCGAGAUCCCGUGACCAACCAUUUUCCCAGCCAAUCAGACCAUUUCCGUUGUCACCAGCGCCAAGC